GGUCCUUUAAAUAAUUUUAUUGAGCUUUCUAAAAGUAUUGGUGGCAUUGUACAAGAUCAGAGUCAUUCAGUUGAAGAUAUUUUAAAAGCCCAACGCGACUUCAUACACAUUUCUACGCAGAGUACAAAGCCAAAAACUCCAGAAACAUUAGUUGAGUUAUUAAGACCAACUCAACAAGCUAUUGAAAAAGUUUGCGCAUAUACAGAAAAUAAUCGUAUUUCACCCUUCUUUAAUCAUUUAAUAACUGUGAGUGAAGGUAUUGGCGUGUUUGGUUGGGUCACAUUGGAAGAGACUGCUGAAAUGGAGGAAAAAUUGUUGUCCACGGUUAAAGGAUAUAUAGAAAGUUCUCAAUACUAUGCUAAUCGUGUAAUAAUGGAGUUCAAAGACAAGGAUCGUUCUCACGUCGAUUGGGCCAACAGCUAUAUUCUUCUUCUGACAGGAGUUCAUCAGUAUAUUACCAAAUUUCAUACUCAUGGACUCGUCUGGAAUCCAAAGGGUGCCAAACCAGAGACAUUCAUAGGCAAAAAACCUGUUGGGUCUAAAUCAACAUCUGUACCAACACCAUCUAGUGGUCCAGCUGAUAUGAGUGCUGUAUUUAAAGAAAUUAAUCGUGGAGAGGAUAUCACAUCCGCCCUGAGAAAAGUUGAUAAAAGCCAAAUGACCCACAAAAAUCCUAACUUACGGGCUGGUAGUACCGUGUCUUUUACUGGUGCCCAAAAAAAGGGACCCGCCGCUCCUCCAAAACCUGCAUCAUUAUCCCUUAAAAAACCUCCUAAAAAGGAAUUUGACAAUAAUAAAUGGAUUAUCGAAAACUUUGAAAACGAUAAUAACAUCGUGAUUGAGGAAACUGCAAUAAAUCAUUCAAUCUACAUAUUUGGAUGCAAGAACUCGACAAUAAGUGUCAAAGGCAAAAUUAAGGCUGUUACUCUUGGCAAGUUCAUCAUAAGCGUCAAGAGAGACAGAAAAUUUUGUUUCG